CGGGCGGAUGAUCUCGAGAUGCUGAGAGUGUCGAUUCUGCGAAUAUAGCCAAGCAACGCGGGGGCUCUUGCCUCGUGGCUAAGAUUCAUUCGGAUGGAUGAUCUCGAGAUUCGUGACGCGUCCAUGUAGACCAGAGCACAUUAUGCAGAGGUAAGUAGCCACAUGUCGAAAUGUUAUCCCUCCCAUGGACGAGCAGCGCAGAUGACUCGGAGAUUGUACUGCCAAAGUUAAACUGACCUGCCAGACCUGCCACGGGCAUAAACUGAUUUGGGAUUCAGUCUGCAGGCGACAGCCACAGACCUCGAACGUGAGUAUAAAGGCAGAAAUCUCAGAAGCUAUGAAGCAUUCUCUCGCACCACUUGCCCUGCUACCUAGAAUCUGCAAGAAGUCAGAUUCAGCUUUCAGGAUGAGCACCUAUUUGGAGUCGACGCUAACAAAUCCCGCGUCGAUGUCAUCUUUGCGGUUGCGGCAGGCCCCUGGUCAAGAUUCAACGACAUCGACCCUACAUUCAUGUCUUGAGUCCCUUGUCAGACUCCAUGACAGGAUAGACUGUGUUCGCAAUGAAAUGCUGGAGCUCCAGGCCCGCAUUGCAGAGCUUACCAGCUGCCAAUCAGGAGUUGCCGUGGGGGAUUCGGGCGUAUGUAAUGACAGUGCUAACAUGCAAAUAAUCUUCGAUGAUGAGCCUCAGACCAUCGCGCUCGACCAGCUCAAUGCUGUGUCACCGUUGUCAACUCUGCUUGACCUCUUCCUCUUGUCACAACCAGCACUCCAUGGCCAGUUUAUGGAACAAGAGUACGGUCCUUUAGGAUCUGUCGGAGUUACGGGAUCGCUAUCAGAGCAUGCAAAUCCUCCUGUCGGUCAACUUCCCCAAGACAUGGUGCUCCAUGGCAUUUCCAGUUCCGUCGGCGGUGAACAACCCUUCCUGCCUCAGCAUGACACGUACUCUGAGGGGCAGACCCUAUUCGACUCUUCAGAACCACUUCUCCCCAAUGCGCAGGGGAGCCAAGACAAAGUAAAGUGCACCUGGCCCGGAUGCUCAAGAUUUGUCAAGAAGGAGAACCGCACUCGCCAUGUGAAUGAGAUGCAUCGGCGGAAAGUUAAGGCUGUCUGCGCCGGCUGCGGAAAGGGAUUCGCGCCCACUCAGUAG